CCCGACAGCAUCGCUCCUCUCUGCCUGCAAACUGCUGCGAGCGAGACUGUGUGCGGGCAGUGUUCUCUUCAGAAACAUGGGAGUAGAGAUCGAGACCAUAACCCCCGGAGAUGGGAGGACUUUCCCCAAAAAAGGACAGACAUGUGUGGUGCAUUAUGUUGGCUCUCUGACAGAUGGACGGAAGUUCGACUCUUCCCGUGACCGUGACAAGCCAUUUAAGUUCAAGAUUGGUAAACAGGAAGUGAUCCGUGGCUGGGAGGAAGGUAUUGCGCAGAUGAGUGUGGGCCAACGUGCAAAUCUGACCUGUUCACCUGAUUAUGCCUACGGUAAUAAAGGCCAUCCUGGGAUUAUUCCCCCAAAUGCGACCCUCAUCUUCGAUGUGGAGCUUCUCAGUCUGGAGUGAUUUAAUGCUUGUCACUGCCUUUUGUUAAUUUUUCAUUAUUUUAUUAAUGUUUCAAGUGUCAAAAGGUUUAGUCUUACCAUUAGAAACCUGAUUAAAUCAAUUUUCUAUUUCUGUCAGGCCAUAUUUUUAGUCAUUCUUCUCAGAGCCAUCUUUAUUCAGCAUUCCACCCUACAGUUUUAGGCACAUUAUGUAAAGAUCUGUGCUUUAUUUUAUCAGAGUUCUCCAACAUUUCAUCUUUUGCUUUGGUCACAUUUCAUCAGAAAUAAUUCUUUAGCUCCUUUAUUUUUAAUCCAACAUUUUUCCUGUCUAAUUGAUAUGAUAAUCACCAAAUCACCAAAAACCGUGCAAUGUCCUUAAUCCUGAACUUGAACCCUUGAAUGAACCCUUUAGACAUCUCUUCUCUUGUGACUUUUUCUUACACUGUGAUUGUUGUUGGCUUGAGACCAAGUACAAAUUUGUUAAAGAAUUGGCGACCUUAUCCCUGAAUAGUAAUCUAAAAAAAGAAAACAUAUAUUUAUCUUAAAGAUGUUUUAUUUGGGAUAUAAAAUUUUGCAUAUUUAUUGCAUUGUUACGUUUUAGAUUGAAUAAAUUAAUAAAUUACAUUUUAUACUUUUUAUCAUUAAACAUUAUAUUUUCAGUCAGAAUUGUUGGGUUUGAACAGGUCUGCUGAUUUUAAUUAGUACAAAGAAGCAAAUUCUUGAACAAUCCUUGUGCUUCAUUGUGUUUGACACUUGCCAGGAUACCACUAGUUUUGUAUAUUUACAAAGUGACCAUAUCAACUGAAAAAGUGCCAUCAUAUUACCUGAAAUCAAACUUUGUGGUAGACCAGGCUGAUUAAUAUAAAAUGAUGAAGUAUGAAGUGAUAGUACUGCCAUUUCUGCCACUACUAUUUCUGUCAGUUUGAUGUGCAACAUUUUUUAUAUAUAGUUUUUGUUUAUUGUUUGCUCUAUUUUAUUAACAUGCAACUAUUUGGAAAUGUUUUAAAUUUGUUUAUUUUGUUCUGUGUUUGAUUAGGUUGUGUAGUUGAGUAGGUGGCACAUUUGGCACUGUAGCAAUGGAUGCAUGCCAUUCUUAGUGCUUAAGGAUUUUGUGAUCACUGUUCAUUGUCUCAUCAAAUCUCAGAACAAUCCAUUAACUUUCUGUUCUCACGGAGACUGGAAAAUUUGUUUUCAUUGAUGGACAAAGAUCUGAAAAACAAAAUAAGGGGUUGUGGCUUCUUAGCACAUUGUAACCUACAUAUUGUGACAUGCAUAUGACAUACAGUACUUGCCAUUCAUAUUUACAUAUUGAUGCUAAAUUAUUUGCAGCCAUUCAUGGUUGUUAAUGUUGACCAUGCUGCCUAGACAAUAGAUGUGAUUAUACUGGAUGCAGAUACAGUACUUUUUUGUAUUGACAUGGAAAUAAUUUUUAAUUUAAAAGAAAUCUGCAGAUGCUUAAAUACUUGAUGCUGGCAAUUUCUGUGAUUACAAGGCAAGCAUCAAAUAUAUGGCUUUAAUAUUUCUGUAAUGCACUCUAUAUUUAUGUAUUAUGUAUAGGAAGACAAUAAAAUAAUUCAA